GUGAAACUGAGACUAUUGUGGUACUACUUGCGCUCGUCUGUUAUAUUAAUAAUUAGAGCGUAUAUACAAGCUUUAACUUAUUUGUAUAUGAUGACAGUAAUGCCGUAUUUGAAAAACGUAAGUGAUUAGCUGCUGCAAGUCCGGUCUUGACACCAGUUGGCAAUAGGGAAUUCAGCAGUGACACAAAGUCUUUGUGCCUUAUGUUGCUUGACCAAACCUGCAGAACCGUGAACUACAUGUGGUUAUGGCACCAGUGAGUAAAGACGGAGGUACUAAGGAGCGUACGCCAAAGCAUAGGUUCCAAAGGAGAAAGCUGGGCAAAGCUCAUGGUGUGACCCCACGAGUACUGAAGAAGAAAUGGAAAUCUGAUGCUGCCAGCAGCUUCCCUGGAAGUGUCAAGGAAGGAAAAGGAUUUGCAAUUUGGAGGAAACAGAAAAUUCUGCAGGACUAUAAGAAACUAUUACGUAAACAGAGGAAAUCAUGCAAACAGCAAGAAGUCAAUUACACAGAAAAUUACCCAGAACACCUAAAGCAUCUGUAUCUUGCAGAAGAAGAAAAACUCAAGCAGAUAAAUAACAAAAAGUUAAACAGGAAGCCAUUUCUGGAUGAUAAACCAAAUGCCACAAAGGAAGAACAAUCUAAUAAUGCAAAAGAGAAAAACAGAAGAAAGACUUCUAAUCAGAAAGCCAAAGAAGAAUAUGAAAAUAUCCAAGUUAAACGAGCCCAGAAGAGAAAGGAGGCAGAGGUUAAAAGGCAACAACGAGAAGAGGCUAUCAGACAGUACAAAGAGAGGAAGGCAGAAAGUUACAAGGUUUUAAGCAAGAAAACAAAAAAGGGACAGCCAAACCUAAAUGUUCAGAUGGAGUAUUUGCUUCAAAAGAUUCAGCAAAAUCAGACACUUGGAAAGAUCUGACAGACUACCCACCAUACUGCAGUGGUUAGGAUCAAAUAUUUUUUUUUUGCCUGGUAUACUGUAAAAGAAGAAAGUCAACAAUUCCUUGUACUUCAGUAGGAUGUGGCGUUAGUCCACUACCUGUAUCGGACAGAACAAAAGCCGUUGUUUUUAUAAUAGUUCUUUAAGCAAAUCUCUGUAAUAAGCAGAAUUGUUUGUAUUUUAUUGCUAUUUUGUAAUCUUCUUUGCUUAAAUAAAUUGUAAAGUAUA